UAAUUAAUUUUCUUAGGAUUAGACAUCUUUUAAAAAGUCCAUCAACUUUCUUUGUUUCAUGGCAGAUGCCUAUGAUAAAAGGGGGAGUUUGUUCCCCUCUUUUCAACUUUUAUUCCAUUUCCCAUUUACUGAAAUUUCAUAUUUCAUUAUUUCUCUCCCCUUUCCCCGACAGCAAUUAGGAUUUGGGCUUUUGAUAAUGGCGUUAGAGGCUGUAGUUUACCCUCAAGACCCCUUUCCUUAUGUUUUCGACGAUUUCUCCACCGUGGGCGGCGGAGUUGGCUUUGACUUUUGCUUACAGAAUGAAGAUAAAGCUCUUCUGGGGAUUCUGCAGCAAGCCAAUCAUCAUGAUCUCCAUGCAAAUUGGGACUCUUCAUCCACUAACUCAACCAUGCAACACACCAAGGAUCAAUGGGAUCCUUAUUCUUCACCUGAAACUUGCACCGUUGAUCAAUCUCUCCCCGGCCCCAUAAGAUUCCCUCCAUUAAUGGAAACUCCGGCACCAACAACGACGACCACCAACAGUAGGCGAAAACGUCGACGAACAAGGAGCAGCAAGAACAAAGAAGAGCUAGAGAAUCAGAGAAUGACUCAUAUUGCCGUUGAACGUAAUCGCCGGAAACAAAUGAACCAGUACCUCGCUGCACUCAGAUCCUUGAUGCCACCUUCAUAUGUUCAAAGGGGCGAUCAAGCGUCGAUAAUUGGCGGAGCCAUUGAUUUUGUUAAGGAAUUAGAGCAGCUGUUGCAGUCCAUGGAAGCUCAUAAGCGAACCACUCAACAACCGCAGCAUGAUGCUUAUUCUUCACCCUUUGCUGAGUUUUUCACCUUUCCACAGUUCUCAACUCGAGCAACUCAGUGCAACAGUAAUCAACAACAGCCCAUGGCUGCGGCCGCCGCGACGGCCGAAAGCGUGGCGGACAUAGAAGUGACUAUGGUGGAGAGCCAUGCAAACCUUAAGAUACUCUCCAAGAAACAACCCAGGCAGCUCUUAAAACUGGUUGCUGGUUUACAAGGCCUAAGGCUCGUCGUUCAACACCUCAAUGUCACAGCCAUGAAUGAAAUGGCUCUUUAUUCAGUUAGUGUCAAGGUAGAGGAAGGAUGCCAUUUGAGCACUGUGGAUGAAAUUGCAGCUGCUGUUAACCAAAUGCUAGGAAGAAUCCAAGAAGAAACUGGUUUUUAGCUAGAUUUUGUGGCUCCAAAAAUGCCUGAAUCUAAGGGAUUCCAUAGUCCUUUGCUAUCAAGUUUCUUGCAACUUCCAAAUACUUCCUGUAAUUUGGAGACAUACAAUGUAGUAUUUACAGUGGGUUUUUUUUCCCUCUAAUUAAGAGAAGAAAUUGCAUGUUACAAUAGCGUCUUCCUUAAAACUUGAUGAUCAAAUAAGACACUAAAAACAGGGGUAUUUCCAGAUCUUCCGGGUUGCGACAUGAUAACUAUGCUUUUGGUACAAAUAAUGAAAGGGUUAUAGCCAUGCAUAGAAUUAAAAAUAUACUUGUUUUAUAGUUGUAAGUAGCAUGUAGUAAUGUUAGGGAGUCCCUGGAAUCACCACUGUUAAGUGUUAAACAUAGUACUGCUUUUUCCUGGAAAAAACAGAAAGAAUAAAACAAUAAUUUCAUGUGUAGGUUGCCCAUUGCAAUUUCA